AUGACUCAGUCAAAUUCAACAAAAGAUCGCACCUUCCUUUUCACUUCGGAGUCUGUGAAUGAAGGCCACCCGGACAAGCUUUGUGACCAGAUAUCUGAUGCUGUGCUCGACGCAUGUGUUUCUGAGGACCCUAACUCGCGCGUUGCAUGUGAGACGUGUGCUAAGACUGGCAUGGUUAUGAUCUUCGGUGAGAUUACGACUAAGGCUAUUGUCAAUUACGAAAAGGUCAUUCGUGACACUAUCAAAGAGAUUGGGUACGACGAUCCUGCGAAGGGACUUGAUUACAAAACUGUCAAUGUCAUCGUAGCCAUUGAGCAGCAGUCUCCUGACAUUGCCCAGUCAGUGGACUCAGUCACUGAAGAGGAUGUUGGCGCUGGUGAUCAGGGUAUCAUGUUUGGCUACGCCUCUGACGAGACUCCCGAAUACAUGCCACUUUCUCAUAUCUUGGCGACCAAGCUAGGCUCCAAGCUCACAGAUGUCCGCAAAAAUGGAACUCUUGACUGGAUUCGCCCUGAUGGUAAGACACAAGUUACUGUGGAAUACAAACAAGAAAAUGGUCGUAUGGUGCCACAACGAGUACACACUGUGGUCAUUUCUACUCAGCACAAUGAUGAAGUUACAAACGAACAGAUUCAUGCCGACCUGAUGAAACAUGUAGUCCAGACUGUGAUACCGGAGAAGUAUCUCGACGACAAGACGGUAUAUCAUUUGAACCCGUCUGGCCGUUUCGUGAUUGGUGGACCACAUGGUGAUGCGGGUUUGACAGGUCGAAAAAUCAUUAUUGACACUUACGGUGGAUGGGGUGCCCACGGUGGCGGCGCCUUCUCUGGCAAAGAUACAACUAAAGUUGAUCGCUCUGCCGCGUAUGCUGCGCGUUGGGUAGCCAAGUCGCUAGUAUCCCAGGGCCUUGCACACCGUGUGAUUGUGCAAUUGUCAUACGCUAUUGGCGUGCCUUACCCACUGUCCAUUCAUGUCGACUCUUACGGUACAGUGAAGGAAGGAUUGACUGAUGACGAUUUAGUUGAGAUCAUCAAGAAAAAUUUUGACCUUCGUCCCGGCAUGAUUCAAAAGUCACUUCAGUUGAAGCGACCGGUGAUGCAAAAGACUGCCGCGUACGGUCACUUUGGCCGUGAAGAUGCUGACUUUACGUGGGAAACGGUGAAGGAACUUGAAGUUUAA